CCCUGCGGGAGUUCCUCCCAUAGCCUCGGCUGGCCUCUCCAGAGUCUGGGGCAUGAGCCGCCGGGCUUCGGUGGAGAAAAGGUAGCCUGAGUCCUGGGAUUUGAGCGCCAUUUCUCUCCAGGAGGGGAUCAAAUCCUCGAGAAGCCGAGCUCUUCCCUCCAGCCGCUUGCGGGCGCAGGCCGUGGUCACCUCAGAAUCCGCGAGGAUCCGGCCACGCUGCCCUUCUCCGGGGCAGAGAGCCAGAUUUCCUCAGCCGGCUGGGAAGACUCCGGACCAGCCUCUCGUCUGGGGUACCUGAGGGCAGGAGCUGUGGCAGACAGACCAGUGGAGGCCACCUCCUCCUGACCUCCUGUCCCCCACGCGGACCCAGACUCAGCGCCACACAUCCUUUUCGGGGGGGGGGCCGGCGCGCUCACGCGCGCAACUCACUCGCGCUCGCACUCGCGCAAGGCUCUCGCUCCCUUCUCUGCACACCUGCGCUCCGCCCCUUAGUCCCGAGCUGGCGACUGGAAAACGCAUUUGGGAAUCCAGGGCGGCGGCCGAAGCACCCCCCAGCUCCUCCCUUUGCCAGGGCCGGAGUUAUCCAGAGCCUGCCGCUUCUCCCAACCAGCCCGCAUCCCCCGCCAUCCUUCCCUCCCCCCGCCUGCCGCGGCGCCGGUAUCCGCAGCCACAGCCGGAGCCGGUGAGGCGGCGAAGGGGGAGGGGGAGGAAUCAAGGGAUGAGCACCGGGAGGGCAUCGGGGGCCCUGAGCCGGACUACGACGCCCCUGGAACCAGAAUCGGAGCCGGAGCCGGAACCAAAGCGCCGGUCCCGGGUGGGCCAGCUGCAGCCCCCUAAACCCAGGAGGCGCCCUGGCCCGCGCUCGCCCCCCAGGGCUUCAUGUCGGAACCACAGCCUGUCCUGGAACCGCCCCAACAUGGGCUAUACAUGCUCUUCCUGCUUGUGCUGGUCUUCUUCCUCAUGGGCCUUGUAGGCUUCAUGAUCUGCCACGUGCUCAAGAAGAAAGGUUACCGCUGCCGCACCUCUAGGGCUUCGGAGCCUGAUGACGCCCAGCUCCAGCCCCCUGAGGACGAUGACAUGAAUGAGGACACAGUAGAGAGGAUUGUUCGCUGCAUCAUUCAAAAUGAAGCCAAUGCUGAGGCCUUGAAGGAGAUGCUGGGGGACAGUGAAGGAGAAGGGACAGUGCAGCUCUCCAGUGUGGAUGCCACCUCCAGCCUGCAAGAUGGAGCCCCCUCCCAUCAUCACACAGUGCAUCUGGGCUCUUCAGCCCCUUGCAUCCACUGCAGCCGCAGUAAGAGGCCUCCACUUGUCCGUCAGGGCCGCUCCAAAGAAGGAAAAAGCCGCCCCCGAGCUGGGGAGACUACUGUAUUCUCUGUGGGCAGGUUCCGGGUGACACACAUUGAGAAGCGCUAUGGGCUACAUGAGCAUCGUGAUGGUUCCCCCAUAGACAGGAGCUGGGGCUCUGGUGGGGGGCAGGACCUAAAGGAUAGUCAGGGGUCUGGGGGAGGCCAGCCCAAGGCAGGAAUGCCUGCCAUUGAGAGGCUGCCUCCUGAGGAGCUGCAGCCCCAGGCUCUAGCCAGCCCCCCAGUGCAGAAUGGAGGACUCAGGGGCAGCAGUCUUAUCCCUUGUGCACAUGAGGGGAAUCCUGGGACCUGUGCAGAGUCAACACUGGGGGCCAGAGGGAGAGACCAAAGCCCAAGGCUGCCCAGUCAAAGGGCAAAUGAACAACCAAGCAAACUGGACAUCUCAGAUCAGCAGGUGUCUCCACAGGAUGAAGAAGGUAUAUGAGCCUCUUCCUUCAUUGUACUGAUGGACUACCAGCGGGCAGGGCAAGGGGAAGAGUGGGCACGAAGGCUCUCCCCUUCGCUGGAUGGCACUGCCCCCCAGUUGAGGUACCAGCUCUACUUCCAUCUGGAGUUGCAUGGUCUCAGCCUGGGGGACCAUCGGAGAAGUUACCCACACUCCUGGUCCCAAAUUCUUUUCCACGUCCCUUACCUGCCAAUAGGCUACCUGGCCUGCCUUCCCCAACACCUCACCAGGCCCCUGCCCUCGGUGGGCCCCUAAAGCAAUAGCACCUUAGGCAUCCUGCCCUCUUGGCACAAGAGGUCCAGGCCCUGGCUUGGCCUUCAUGCCCUUUAUUCAGUGUCAAUAAAUCCGCUCAGACUAUUACAGCUGCUCUGCAUACUGGCUCCAGCUCCUUGUGACUCCCAAGGCUGCUCCUCUGCUCAACUCAAGCCCAGUGACCCUGGCAUCCAGAGUGGGGUGGGCCACACAGCCAGAAUGGAGACGGAGGCAGGCCAGAGCCACUCAAGACUUAGGAGGGAGGGUUCCAGCCCCAGAGAUUUUGGGGUAUUUCACCACCCUAGGGACAGGGCGAUGGCAGAAGAUGGGUAGUUUCAGCUCUAAAAAUGGCAGGAGGACAAUGGGGAAAAGGAGUGGAUUCUGGCCCCAGAAAAGGGGAAAGGAGAAGCUUCUACUCCUGGAAGUGAGAGUAGACAUGGUGGACAUUCCACCUUGUGGCUCUGUUGCUCCAGAUCAUUGCGGGGGUGGUCUGAAAGCAUGGAGAUAGGGGCCGCAGCAUUACUGGGGGGGGCAGUGAUCCCAUGGCCUUCAGGUGAAAGAAUCUGGAUGGCCAGGGUCCGGGGCUUUAGCUGGUGGAGGAGGUGGUGGCCGCACCUAUGGGGAACACACAGUUAAUGCUCUGAAGUCCUCCCUUGGAGUAUCCCUGUCCAUUCCCUCAGCCAAGCAGAGAAAACAGGACCAAUUAGAACGACUCCUCUGUACACAACCUCUAGGACAGGGCCCUUACCGGCCUGAGUCGAGGAGCCAUCAAGUCCAGGGGUCCAGGGCAGUCCAAGGCUUUGUCUGGAAACAAGAACCACAGCCAGUGUUUAGGCUUUGUUUUCAAUGCUACCUUUCCAGCACUCUGGAUAGUGACACUCCAUAAAUACUUGUUGGAUUAACAAAUAGUCACCAACCUGAGCCAUAAACUCCAUCAAUCCAUCCAUCCUCAACAAGUAUUUAUUGGGCAACUGCUACAUGAUCAGCUUUGAUCGAGGCACCAAAAAAGGCAGGUGAGAUACACAAUGCCCUCCCUCCCAAUGCCUCUCAAGAACCCAAUAAUGAAACAUCAAAAACACAAUGGCCUGGGCACAAUGCCACAUGCCUAUAAAUCCUAGCUACUUGGAGCUUGGGGCAGGAGGAUAGCAAGUUCAAAGCCAGCAUGGGCA